AUGGGGCCUCGGCUUUCGCUGGGACUCGUCGGCUGCGCCUUCUAUGAUGAGCAGCUACGGGACAUUCCUUUGGACGAGCUCGGCGACGUGUUCUCGGGACUAUGCGACGAGACGGGAGACGACAGCGUCCGCUUCCGAUUAUCCACCAAGCUGACGAGGCUGAUUGCCGACAAAGACGGGUCCGUCGCCGAACAGCUGCUCUGCACGUUG